UGGUAGUGUUGUUAUAGUCUGGGGUUCUCGCUUUCGCGGCCCUUUCGUUCCUUCCCCCUCCCCGCCGGGUUAAAACACGACGUUACGACACACAAGACUGGCAUCGUCGCUUCAAUUGAGCCUUGCAUUCUUGCAGCGUUUUUUCCUUCUCCGCUCUUGCCUUAAUCCGACUCGUCAUUGAAGAGGUCUCCUUCAGACCCUACUCCGUAUUCCACAAUGCGACGCGGUGUUUUGAUCUUCCUCCUCGUCAACCUCCUCAUAGUCACCUUCCUGGUGCGCAGCGUCUUCACGCUGUUGUCGCUACUGGUGGAGGAUGCCUCCGCCGACGCCAUCCAUCGCGCCGAGCUCCCUUCGCCAAACUCCAGCCUUAUCGAACAACGGCCGCAGAUAAUCCCCAAGAUCAUUCAUCAGACCUACAAGAAUGAAACAAUUCCCGAGGUUUGGAAAGAAGCUCAGCAGAGUUGCAUUGACCUGCACCCUGACUAUGAGUAUAUUCUGUGGACGAACGAGAAGUCGCGCGAGUUCAUCGCCAACGAGUAUCCCUGGUUCCUUGAGACGUUCGAUGGCUACAGGUACCCGAUUCAACGGGCAGAUUCGAUUAGAUACUUUGUUCUGGCCCACUACGGUGGCACCUACAUUGACCUUGACGAUGGAUGCAACCGUCGCCUAGAUCCUCUCCUUGCAUACCCCGCUUGGGUACGCCGUACUGUUCCCACCGGUAUCUCCAAUGAUGCUAUGGGAUCUGUCCCUCAGCACCCGUUCUUCUUGCGCGUGAUUGAGCUUUUGCAGUCUUAUGACCGUCAUUGGCUUCUUCCGUAUAUCACCGUGAUGUAUUCCACUGGUCCGCUCUUCCUCUCGGUGAUCUGGAAGGAAUACAUGCAAACCUUCCCCAGCGAGUCGGGACGGGUGCGCAUCCUCAUGCAGGAUGAAUACAACAAGCACUCGUGGAGUUUCUUCACACACCACGUGGGAAACAGCUGGCACGGUAAAGAUGCCCGCUUGAUUUUCUGGAUGGGUCAGCACUGGAUGUUCCUCACCGUUCUCGGCUUCAUUUUGGCUGCUGUGGUCGGCUUCUCCCUCUGGUGGCUCUAUGCUCGGGUCAUGGUGCUUGGUUCGAAGUACCGCUACCGUUACGCGAAGAUUCCCUCCUUUGUGACGGGAUCUCGGCUACCUUCUCCGACGAGAAUGUCACGCCGUAUGAUGCCUACCCUCCUUCGUCGGGUGAGCUUCAAGGAAGACGAAGAAGCGAACGGUGUCACGGAAACUUCCUACGAACUUUACAGUCGUCGGGAUUAAAAGCAUCAAUCUACGGACGUGUCCCCUUCUAUCUUUCGCACGUUGGGACUUUUGAUGACAUCACAAUUCUUUCUCUUCUACCAAAUA